CGCUUCCCUGAGUCACUGUACCUAGCCCGCAUCCAAGAUGGCGCUGGCCAGCCUGCUGGAGCCGCAGCAGCCCGUGAACCGGGCCGGCUACUUCGGUUUGGGCGCCGGCUGUGAAUUCCGGCUGUCCGCGCUCGGCGCGUGCGGUGGAGCAGAAAAGGGAGCGGAGAACCUGGCCUCGGGGCUGCCCUUGCCCUUGGCCGCCCCUUGCCCCGCCGCCGCGGACGCCAAGAUCGAGCUCUUGCAUGGGACCACGACUUUGGCCUUCAAGUUCCAGCAUGGUGUGAUUGUGGCGGUGGACUCACGGGCCACAGCAGGCGUCUACAUUGCAUCCCAGACGGUGAAGAAGGUCAUCGAAAUCAACCCUUACCUCCUGGGCACCAUGGCGGGCGGCGCAGCGGAUUGCAGCUUCUGGGAGCGGCUGCUGGCACGGCAGUGCCGCAUCUACGAACUCCGCAACAAGGAGCGCAUCUCGGUGGCCGCUGCCUCCAAGCUGCUGGCCAAUAUGGUGUAUCAGUACAAGGGCAUGGGGCUGUCCAUGGGCACCAUGAUCUGUGGUUGGGACAAGCGAGGGCCAGGUCUGUACUACGUGGACAGCGAGGGGAACCGCAUCUCGGGCACAGUUUUCUCAGUGGGCUCUGGUUCCGUCUAUGCCUACGGGGUGAUGGACCGAGGCUACUCUACUGAUCUCUCGGUUGAGGAAGCCUACGACCUGGCCCGUCGUGCCAUCUACCAGGCUACGUACCGCGAUGCCUACUCGGGGGGCACUGUCAACCUCUACCACGUCCGCCAGGAUGGUUGGAUCCGUGUUUCCAGUGACGAUGUAGCCAAACUACACGAAUCGUUCAAGGGCACUACCGCAGAGACAGUGGCUUAAGCUAGAGGAUUGUGGCAGGGGGUGGGGCUCGUAACUUGAUAUCGUAGGGGUUGUUGGCAGCAGAGAAUCUUCAUAUGUAUAAAAUAGGUCAGAAUGCAGUUCGUUCAUUAGACAAGGUUGUAUGCAAUGGGACGGGACGGGAGGAGAAUUGGGUCUUCCAAUUAUUGGGAGGGACAACAACUCCUCCCUAGGCUGACCGUUCUGGGGCACGUUUGCCCCGUGCUUGUGACCAAUAUACCCUGUAACAACACAUUUUGCCUGUUCUGAAUUAAACUUUUACUAUCCAA